UAGGAGGUCGCCGGUUUCCGCGCCACCGUGCCAGCCUGCUCCCCAAUGCUACGCGCCCUGCCCCGCGCGCUGCGCCUCCCGCGCCCCUGGAGGUGCCCCGGGGCCCGCGACUGCGCUUCCCACGCAACGACCAGGACACCCGAGAUCCAAGUGCACCCGCUGACAGGUCCCAACCAAGGAAUCACUGAGAUUUUGAUGAACAGACCUCAUGCUCGAAAUGCUCUGGGGAAUGUCUUCGUUAGUGAGCUGCUGGAAGCCCUGGCCCAGCUUCGGGAGGACCAGCAAGUCCGAGUCCUGCUCUUCAGAAGUGCAGUGAAGGGUGUGUUCUGUGCAGGUGCGGACCUGAAGGAGCGGGAGCGGAUGAGUGCCGUGGAGGUGGGGAUCUUCGUCCAGCGGCUCCGAGGCCUGAUGAGUGAGAUCGCGGCCUUCCCUGCACCUACCAUUGCAGCCAUGGACGGGUUUGCCUUGGGCGGGGGUCUGGAGCUGGCCUUGGCCUGUGACCUCCGAGUAGCAGCUUCCUCAGCUGUCAUGGGGCUGAUUGAGACCACUCGAGGACUUCUCCCAGGAGCAGGAGGGACUCAGAGGCUGCCCCGCUGCCUGGGCGUGGCCCUCGCAAAGGAGCUCAUCUUCACAGGCCGCCGACUGGAUGGGGUACAGGCCCAUGAGUUAGGGCUGGUCAACCACACCGUGGCUCAGAAUGAGGAGGGUAAUGCUGCCUACUACCGGGCCAUGGCCCUGGCUCAGGAGAUCCUGCCCCAGGCUCCCAUUGCUGUGCGCCUUGGCAAAGUUGCCAUUGACCGAGGAAUGGAGGUGGACAUCGCAUCAGGGAUGGCUAUUGAACAGAUGUGCUAUGCCCAGAACAUCCCAACCCAGGACCGGCUAGAAGGGAUGGCAGCCUUCAGGGAGAAACGGCCCCCAAAAUUUGUUGGCAAGUGACCCAGUAAACUUUAUGGCAUGCGCUUAAAGACUGGGACCCAGAGACGUUUGCAGCAGGCUAGCCCUCCUCAGCUCACCUCUGGCCUUCAGUUUCUUCACAAGGACAAUGACAGACAUUGUGCCUAGAACCAAGGUGUUUAGCACUCCACCCACUGCCACCUUCCACACUGCUCACCUUGGCUAGUCACUGGGGUCCAGGC